AAAUUUCUUCGUAGACAAAAUCUGAAUUCCGUCCAUAGUCGACACUUUAUUUUUUUAUUCGUUCUAUUUUUAGACACCGCGAAAUUAAGUGAUGGUUACUCAAGAAUUAGUACAAGUACUCACAUUAAUAUAAACUAAUUAAACUCGCAACAGAUGUUGAACUUCAACAAUGAGCCUUACACAGACAGCCAUGUACCAGCCUAGACGACUCUACCAAUACUUAACAGCCUCCACUGCUUUACUUACUAUCGUAACCGGCGGCUUACACUAUGCUUGGCCAUCACCUUCCAUCCCCCAAUACAUAUCAGGGAACACCACCUCCUUCAAAAUAACCAACGACGAAGGUUCCUGGAUCAUCGUAAUGCAACUUAUAGCACCCAUACCAUCCUGCUUUCUUGGAGCAGCCAUUAUUGACGUAAUCGGUCGCAAGAAAUCGAUUCUGCUGACAGCAAUUCCUUACAUGAUCGGAUGGUUGAUGGUAGUGUUCGCUAAAUCAGGAGUGGAACUUUGCAUAGCCCGAUUUUUCGCUGGUAUUUCCGACGGGGUGGCUUUCACAGUCAUACCAUUGUACAUUGGAGAAAUCGCAGACCCAGAAAUUCGGGGGUUGCUGGGUGCUGGUAUAUCAGCAACUUGGAUUUUUGGAAUGUUGAUAAUAAACGUGGUGGGGUCAUACUUGAGUGUUACCAUGACAGCGGCCAUAUGCACAGUAGUGCCGUGUCUUCUUCUCGUAACGUUCGUAUGGAUGCCAGAAAGCCCAUAUUUUUUGAUAAUGAAGAACGACAUAGAAGCCGCUCGUUCCGCUUUAAGGAAGUUUAGAGGAAGAACAGAUGUAGAAGAAGAGUUGAUGAGGCUGGAAGAAGCCGUCAAGAAUCAAAACAAAAAGAACGGGAAUGUCCUGGAACUGUUUUCCAAAAAAAACAAUCGAAAAAGUUUGGGCAUAAUCGCGGUUUUACGAAAUAGUCAACAGAUGAGUGGAGUGGCGGCUAUAAGUUUCUACACUUUGACCAUUUUUCACGAAGCUGGUGAUUUUAUGUCGCCUUUGGCUGCGACCAUUCUUUACGUGGUCAUACAGUGCGUGAUGACGAUUCUGUGCUCGAUUCUCGUAGACAAGACUGGUCGGAGACCUCUUCUAAUAUCGUCACUCAUCGGUUCAAGUAUUUGUUUGUUCGUCGAAGGAAGCUAUUUUUAUGUUAAAGACUUCACUGAUAUUGAUGUUAGUUCUUUUAAUUUCGUACCAGUGGUAGCACUUAUAGGUUACGUCGUGAUUUUUAAUCUAGGUGCUCAGCCUAUUCCUAUGUUGGUACAAGGGGAGCUUUUUCCCACGAAUGUUAAAGGUUUGGCGUCUUGUCUUUCCGAGGUGUAUUUUUGUAUUUUAGCGUCCAUUUUUUCCAAGUGCUUUCAAGUGAUGCGUGAUAAUUUUGGUAUUUAUGUGCCAUUUUAUAUAUAUGCGGUGUGUUGUGUGAUUAAUUUGAUUUUUGUGGUACUGUUUGUACCUGAGACGAAAGGGAAGACGCUGGAGGAGAUUCAAGAGGCUCUUUGUGAGAGGAAGAAAGAGAAGGGAGGUAGUUAGGUGUAGAUUUUUGUAAGUAGUUAGAAAUCAGAUGAACAAAGUUAUUUUGUAGAUACGUUUGAUUUAUAAUCAAUUUCUUCUUCUUGUGAUAACUCUAGAGAUCUGAGAAAGAUGAUACGACUGAACAACACAAUAAACAACUCAAAAAACGUAGAAGAG